CAUCAAAUUAUUUUUAGGCUUGACCAAAACUGACUCUAACUGAUUUCUCAGCACAAGAUGAUCUUUGUCUUCACACUGAAACAGGCAGARUGCAUUCCUUCAAGUAAUGCUAGACUUUAAUUUGAUUUUAUGCUUUUAUUCAUUUAUGCCAACAUUUCUGAGCAUCAGACUUGUAAAAGAGAUAAGAUCUGAUGAAUGUAACUUCACAAGUCUCUCUGUUUGUGAACUGGAGGUGGUGUUCAGCUCUGAUUAAACAGCACCAGAGACAGAGCUGAGAUUGAGUAGUCAUUGUUUGCUUGCAACAGAGUCCAGAUCUGAGAUUCAAAGGAGUGACGCUGCAUUUUUCUGCCUCUGACCUUUGACCUGAAGUCAGACUGUUUUUUUUUCUUGAGCUUUUUUUUUCAGACUCAUCAGCUGGAUCAUUAAAACACAGCUGAGUUUAAUCAGACCAUCUGAUCAGGAUCUGGGUCCAAACAGGGCUGGGUUUGAGAGAGGGAGUCAGGCGGAGCUGGGMUUAAAUGCUCUUUCAGGUUGUGUGUGGUCAGAGCAGCUGAGGGGCAGUGAAGUGAAGAGGACAACGGAGACAAUGAUGGAACUUCUUGGAGACGCUGUGGCCAAAGUCGGUGGUCUGGUCACCGGAGCUCUGAAUUUCUUCACCGACUUCUUUUUGACUCCACCGCUGACGGCAACUCUUCAAUACUUAGAAACUGCUGAACUGAAGACGUUGAAAGGAGAAUCCAAAACUUUCAAAGCCAAGACUCUGUGGGAAAAAACUGGAGCUGUUAUCAUGGCAGUGCGCCGACCGGGGUGAUUUUUGUGCAGAGAGGAGGCCGCAGAGCUGUCCUCUCUGAAACCCCAGCUGGACCAGCUCGGGGUCCCUCUUUAUGCUGUGGUGAAGGAGGACAUCGGCACGGAGGUCCAGAACUUCAGACCCUUUUUCAAGGGUGAGAUUUUCCUGGAUGAYAAGAGGAGGUUUUAUGGGCCCCGGGAACGGAAGAUGGGGCUGCUGGCGUUCGUGCGUCUUGGAGUGUGGAUGAGCGGCGUGCGAGCCUUCAGAAGAGGCUUCAUCGGAAACGUUUCGGGAGAGGGCUUUGUGCUCGGUGGGGUUUUUGUCAUCGGACGAGGCCAACAGGGGAUUCUCCUGGAGCACAGAGAAAAGGAGUUUGGAGACAAAGUCAACAUUUCAGACGUCCUCCAAGCUGCCAAAAGRAUCCCAUAGGAACAUUAGAGACUCGAGCUGCUCAAGUGUUUGUCUCUGAGAAACAAAAGUGCAUUUUGURUGAGAGAUCAUAAAGGCUUUGGGUGUGUUCAUGAUGGUCUGUUUUUAAAUGCAACAAAAGGAGCAGACCUGAUGUUUAACACAGUUUCCUGUAUGACUCAAAUACAUUUGUAUCUUAGGAGCUGAGAGGUGAACAUUUCUGACCAAUAAAUCAUGUCCUUGUCUUCAA